AUGGCCCCAGGGAUAGUAUCCAGCCCGCAGCGUCCGGCAGCCGAAACUCCAACAACAGAGAUGGAUGUCGAGACAGCAGUGGAACGACAAAUGGAGCCCGUGGACGAGGAUGCUGAGGAUGCCACCAUCGCCGAUCUCUCUCAGUUACGAAGCUUUCCCGAACCGCCGUCCGAAUGUCAAGUGUGUGUUGUUGGUGCUGGCCCAGCCGGCCUCAUGAUGGCGGCGACUCUGACAAGAUACGGAAUCAAUGUUGAAGUCGUCGAUGAUAGAGCCGAUCAAACACCUGUAGGAAGGGCAGAUGGUUUACAACCCAAGACGAUUGAGACGUUCAGACAGCUACGUCUAGCUGACCCUUUGCUGCAACGAGGCGUCCGCGUCUAUGAUAUAUCGUUCUGGAGAAGCACACAAGACGAGCCUCUCCACAGAUUAGGUCGAGAAAUCCACUACCCACCCGUCAUUGAUGUUUUGGAUCCCUACAUCUUGCUAGUUCACCAGGGCAUCGUAGAGAGUCUCUUCAUCGAAGACCUGGCCAAGAGGGGCAAAUCCGUCCGCAGAAACGCAUCAUUUGAGUCGUACGAGAAUAUUGCCAAGACGGGACAGCUUCAAAUAAACUGUCGCACAAAUGUCACUCAGGACAAGAAGACCUAUAUCACGCAAUACCUUGUUGGAUGUGAUGGAGCGCACUCGAAAGUUCGUAAGAGUAUUCCCGACGUAGCAGCCAUCGGCAUGUCGCAAGCAUCCAUCUGGGGAGUCUUGGACGGUGAGCUCAUCACCGACUUUCCCGAUAUCUGGUCCAAAACGCUGGUGUACUCAGAGGAGCACGGGUCCAUCCUCAUCAUCCCUCGCGAGAGAAACAUGACGAGGUUCUACAUCGAGCUCAAGACUUGGGUCACAGAGGACCGUCGACAACUGGGUCAGCAAUUCGUCAUGGAACAGGCGCGAAAGAUCAUGGCCCCCUUCUCCGUCGACUGGAAGUACAUUGAGUGGUUUGGACGAUAUCAAGUCGGACAGCGUGUAGCUAGUCGCUUCUGCGAUGCGCACACCAAGGUCUUUCUCGCCGGUGACGCCAGCCAUACGCACUCGCCCAAGGCUGCGCAAGGCAUGAACACAUCCAUGCACGACGCCUGGAACCUCUCCUGGAAAAUGAACCUCGCUCUCCGCGGGCUCGCUAAACCCGUCUUACUAGAAAGCUACGAAGACGAAAGACGAAAGAUUGCCCUCGACCUCGUUAACUUUGACUACGAACACGCCAACCAAAUAGCAGGUGGUGACGCUGUGGCUUUGGCAAAGAACUUCAAGGCAAACGUCCGAUUCAUAUCAGGAAUCGGCGCCGAAUACUCCAACAGUCCCAUUAACCGCGCCGAGCCCGACAACUUCGCCCUCCCAAGCGGCGACGCCCGUCCCGGAUGUCUCCUCCCCCCAGCAAGAGUCACUCGCUACAUCGACUCCAACCCCGUAGACAUCCAGCUCGACAUCCCCAUGCUUGGCCAAUUCAGAAUCUUCCUCCUCAUGUGGGACGUCCAGCAAGCGGCCCCAUUCCUAUCAACAUUCUGCCGCUCCAUCGCCGAAUCCUCCUCCUUCGUAAGCCAACUCUCCGCCGCGGCCAGCAAAUCCUACGCACAGCAGGCCCGAAAAGGAUCCCCCGAAGACAUUUACAUCCGUCCGGAGCGAUAUACUGCAGUCAGCCACCUCUUCACCUUUGCCGUAAUCACUACUAUGCCCAAGGCGGAAAUGGAAAUCUCUGACCUCCCUGCCAUGCUGCAAGAUAGUCGCUGGACAUUGUACCUCGACAAUAUCCCCGAGCAGGAUACUCGGGGUUCUUUGUGCACGGAUAAGUGGCUCGGUAGCCUGGAACCAGGGGAGGUGGCUAUUGUGAAUGUGCGUCCGGACGGCUACGUCGGUUCCAUUGGCAGAUGGGACACGAGCAAUGACGACUCAGGGGACAGGGCGGCCGAGUGGCUGGAUGAUUACUAUCGCGGGUUUUUGCAGGUUCCCCAGCAGUAA